ACACAUCAUACAACCAUCCUCAGCUGCCUAAACUACUGCUUCGAUCCAAAUGGCAUUUCCCAACCAUCUGCUUCCACAGGAGAUAUCCAUGCCCGCGAAACAAACCUCAUUAGUCCUCAAACCCACAUUCCCGGACGAAGACGAAGACCUCAACCCCCGCUCCUCCACCCAACCGCCACCGCCUUCCCACCACCUCUUUCCUAACGGAUCCAACAACGUCCCCACGUGGCUUAACACCGCAAUCCAUCGUGAUCAACAAGCCCACCAUUGUUCCGACAAUACAAGAUACAUUCACCUCCACACCGCAUCAGACUCGUCUGAAGAUCGAUGGCUCCAUAUACCAGCCGGCGCCGGCGAAGUUUCUCGAGCUGCGCCCACGGGGCAGAGGAGGGAGAGUGGUUGGGAUCGGGUGCAGGGAGACUGGCAGAGCGCGAGAUAUAAGACGGAAAUUAUGGCACACCCACUAUAUGAGCAGCUACUGUCGGCUCAUGUGGCGUGCCUGCGGAUUGCGACGCCGAUCGAUCAACUCCCGCGGAUCGAUGCGCAGCUCGCGCGGUCACGGGAAAUUGUUGCGAAGUACUCGGUUCUUUGUGGUGGGGGCGCCGGAGAGAUUGCCGAUGGAGAUGGAAAAGAGCUUGAUCGGUUCAUGACCCACUAUGUGUUGUUAUUAUGCUCAUUCAGAGAGCAGCUGCAACAGCAUGUUCGUGUGCAUGCAAUGGAGGCCGUGAUGGCUUGUUGGGAGCUCGAGCAAUCUUUGCAAAGUUUGACAGGCAUCUCUCCUAAUGAAGGCACUGGUGCAACUAUGUCAGAUGAUGAAGAUGAUAAUUCAGAUAGUGGUAACAAUUUUUAUGAUGGAAAUCUGGAUGAGCACGAUAGCAUGGGUUUUGGUCUUCCAACAGAGAGUGAGAGAACAUUGAUGGAGCGUGUCAGAGAAGAGUUGAAGCAUGAGCUAAAACAGGGUUACAAGGAGAAGAUUGUGGAUAUUAGAGAAGAGAUUCUGCGGAAACGAAGAGCUGGUAAACUGCCAGGAGAAACCACCUCCCUUUUAAAAGCCUGGUGGAAGUCUCACUCCAAGUGGCCUUAUCCAACAGAGGAGGACAAGGCGUUAUUAGUUCAAGAAACUGGGUUGCAACUGAAGCAGAUUAACAACUGGUUCAUUAAUCAAAGAAAAAGGAACUGGCAUAGUAGCCCUUCAUCCUCUACAAUGACGAAAAGCAAACGGAAAAGUAAUGCAGGCCACACAGGUUGACUACUUAACAAUAAAUCCUGCAGAUGAUAUACUGCAAUGAAGGAAAAUUUCAUUCUUGUAGGAAGCUCAGCAAUGACUAAACGCAGAGCAACUGUAUGUUUCUAUGGCUCAUGUAAUAUUCUCCCUUCUUUUUUUGAAAGCCAACUGAUUUAGACUAAUCUAAGUUCUGAAGCAAAUUGGCUGAUCUCAUUGAGUAGAUGUAAAGGCACUAACAUUUCUAAUGACUAGGAAUUGCCUUUUCAAGUCAAAAAGUUUAAGCAGAUUGUGUUCUCUUCUCCAUGCAUUUUGGCUCUGACUAUUUUGUGACCUAUUUAGGACUCACUUGGAGUGGAAUAUACUGCUUUAGAGACC